AUGGAGACGCGGACUUCUAUUCAGAACACGUCCCUCCCUUCCCUCAUUGAUGAAUUCACCGACAUACGUGAGCAGCUGAUUUCAGCAAACACCACGAUCACGGCACAGUCGAUGGUACUCGGCCUACGUAGCCCGACCCCGUCAACACUUCUGUUGGGGUGAUUCUCGCCGCUACUUGUUAGUUCACACCUCGAAGUCUUCACCUAGCAUUCGUUGAUUAAUCGCCAGCGAGCCUAUGAACUUACUCCUGUUUACGUCAGGCGAAACUGCUAAUGAGCUUAGGACACGGUCGACUCAAUCUAUCUCUCCCUCUUGCUUCUUUUGGGACAGUGCUCGGCUGAAAACAACUUUCUCCGGAAAAACCAGUUACUGACCACCAUUUACUGUUCGAAGUUAGGUCAAAAACACGGGACUCUAAAAGUGGUUAUGUUAAGUGAGCAAUGAAGGCGAACAAGCCUCCAGGACGGUUGUAAGGAAUUACUAAUUUAGGUGUUGGGCAGGUGUGUGCUGCGGUAUUUCCCAGAAGAGUUAAUAAGAGGGGCAUGUGUGAGCCCAGAUCACUGCAUACAACGUGGGUAGAGGUUGGUUACGCUGCCCCAGUCCAAAGUGUAAGUGCAACGUGGGCAUUGCAAGUAAAGAAGGCCGAAGGAGGAUGCUUAAACCGUUAGUGGGAAAGCGGCCAAAGCUAAGACGGAAAAGGGUAACCUGACGUUUCGGUCUAGAGGUAGGGUUAGUUUUAGGGUUUGGAUUAGUGUCAGGCUGAGAAUUGAGUUUAGGGUUAGGGUUUGUGUUAAGUCUAGGGUUCCGGUUAGAGUUAGGAUUUGAAUUGCAGUCUCAGUUCACGUUUAGUGUUGAGGUUGGGGCUAGGGUCAGUGUUAGGGCAGGGUUACGGUUAGGGUUUGGGUAGGGGUUAAGGCUAGGGUUAGGAUUUCAGUCACGGUUAAGGUUAGGCUUAGAGUUAGGGCUGGGGUUGGUGGUGGGUUUAGGACUGGGUUUGGCUUAAGUCUAGUAUUAACGUUACUUGUGUAAUAACGCCAAGGAUUAGGCUUACUUUUGAGGUUACGGUCAGGUUUACCGUUAGUUUUGGGUCAUUGCUGCUCCGCCUGUCACGUUAAUCAGGUCUUUUGCGGAGAUUCUAGGCUUUCUUUAAUCCCACGGCAAAUCUGUCAUACAUCAGGCUGGCUUUUCCAUUUCCGCUUCGGCUACUUUUCCCAAUACCGAUAUUAGCAUCCUCUUCCGGCUUUCUUUACCUUCAAUGCCCACAUUGGGCUUACACCCGGGACCCGGACAGCGUAACCGAGUCUUGCCGUUGGGCCUGGAACAAGUUGCGUCGAAGUUUAGGUUUUCUUUUAAGGUUACGGUUAGUAUUAACGUUAGGCUUGGGUUAUUGCUGCCCCCGUGGCCUUUUGCGUGCAUUCUAGGCUUCCUUCAUUCUCGCGAUAGAUUCGUCAUAUAUCAGGUUCCCUUUUCCGUGUUAGCUUCGGCUACUUUCCCCACUACCGAUUUUACCAUCCUCUUUCGGAUGACUUGAUCUUCAAUGCCCACAUUGGGCUUACACCCGGGACCCGGACAGCGUAACCGACUCUUUCCGACGGGCAUGAUCACUUCCAAGCACCCUCUCCCCCCUUUUUGUGCCUUUAGACACCACUUCCACCGCACACCUCUGGGUUGGAACAAGUCGCGGCGUCAUCUUCACCCUGACUGUCAACCCAUCCGACGACGCUGCCUCCUCCUGCAGUGUCGGAGGUGAGUGACUGGCUCGCCGUCUUUGUUACUUUUUGUGGAAGCUCCCUGCCCUGUCCUUCUACCUGGUCAAAAGUGUCUGCUCCAUUGAAUUCAGAUCGGGUUUUCCAAUGGGGCGCACAGAAUGUUGUGUUAUUCGGCCGAAACUAGAUGUGGGGAAGUGGUUAGUACUAAUAAAAAUAUUAAUCAAAGAGGGCCUAUCAUCGGUCAGGUUGCGAGAUGUGCUUACUCUAUCGCACCCUGAGGCUCAUUGAAGAGCCCGCGUCGCGGACUGUCACGUAACGGUCAGUAGUAUGUGCGGGAAUGACUACUGACAAAGACGGGGAACCGGGAUGGCCGUUUCUUUUCUUCCUAGCCAUCGUCAGCCAUCCACGCCCAACUUUACACCUGGAUAGCUUGGAAUUCGAACCGAGAUCCCUUGGUCACUUAGCGUUACGUAGUUGAGCACUCCACCUUGGAGCCACAGAUCCGUUGCCCUACGAAAAUCAAAUAAGUUGGAUGAGGAAGUGCCUCUGAAUAAGACCACUUGAAAUAGUAUACGUUCGUAACAUUCAUCUUCCCGGCAGGGCUGUUCUCACUCUAAAACUUUCCUGUCUUCCAAUCGUUGUCGACAGGAAGUACCUGAAGGAGCUUACUUCACACAGAAUGGCCUUUGAAAAAACAUCCUGUUUGUCGACGCUUCGGCCCAGUUCUACCGGGGGCUCCCAUUGAGCAUUAUCGGUCUACAAUUAGGAUAUUACUCUUAUCUAAAGUAGAACGGUCUUCCGUCUCCUGUGUACAUGACCUACAAAUCAUCAUUCUAACGAGGCGACUUUAUUCCCUAUCAAUUGUUCAGGUUCCUUAUUCCGACUGGAGGGUGAGGCUGUGUCGGUCGCUUUCCUCGAUUCUCUUGGUGAGAUCUGCGUUCCACCAGCGACUAAGUGGGAUCUCGGAAGCAGUGCAAUUCCUCGACUGACCCUGGUGCCACAGCAGGAGGAGGAGGAUUGUGUUGAUGGGGGCGCCACGCGCAUGCUCGCCGAUCAGGAGUCAGGCUUCGGGGACUCGCUCAAACCCACCGCCGGUACCUGUAGUGUCUCCGUAGCAAAGCGUCUGGGUCCCGGUGCUCCCGCCUCCACGGGUGCCCACCUCACCGGCAGUACAGCACCUCCGACCGCGAGGCGAGACCAGCCGGCCAAGGGCGCCGGGCGCUGGUCCGCUCUGAAGCUAAGCGCCUGCGGAAGCGGUGGCUCUUCACCCGCAACACCAGGUACUACUUACCACGUACUACGCUCUCAUUUUCUCCUAACUACUGCAAAGAAGGUUUUUAUGGUAUUGCCGACAGUUCGACCGUCGAUUCCGAAGAUGUCCACCGUGUGCUCCUCAUCAAGGUGA